AUGGAACUAGGCUCGCAUUCAUCAGCAAAGCUCGAGCCCUUCUUGUUGAUGGGCAAAUCCGCGAAGGGAGCCGCGGCGGCUAAGCUCGCGCAAGACGCCACUGCCGCACCAGGCGUGUUCGUCUUCGCCGAGCUGCUCGAGCUGCCUGGCAUUCGGGAGCUUGCGAAUAACGCUCAGUACGCAAAGCAGUACGCUCUGCUGCAGCUUUUCUCGUACAAGACAUAUCAAGAUUACUCCCUGCACAAAGACGAUUAUCCGCCUCUGAACCAGGCGCAGAUCACGAAGCUCAAGCACCUUUCCCUCGUCUCCCUCGCCGCCGACCGUCGGAUCCUCCCAUACGCCGACCUGCUCCGCUUCCUCGAUAUGCCCACAAUUCGGGAUCUCGAGGACCUGGUUAUUGACGCCAUCUACCUCGACAUCCUUCGCGGCAAACUCGACCAGAAAGAGCAACAACUCGAGGUUGAAUACACCAUGGGCCGCGACCUCGCACCGGGCAAGGUGGAGCAUGUUCUCGCCGCGCUCAAGGACUGGGCCACAACUACCUCCUCCGUCCUCGCCACCCUCGACGCCAAACUCUCCUCCCUCUCCGCCCAAGCCCAAGUCACCAAAGACGCCCAGCUUGCCUACACCGCGUCCGUCGACGCGCUGCUCAAAGACGUCCUCGCCAAGAAGACCGCCGACAAGCGCGGCGGGGGACCGGCGAACAGUGGGGGCGGCAGCAGCAGCCUGCGCGGCGCGCUGCGGCCGGACGACGCGAUGAUGAUGGACGUCGACACUGAGGAGGGCGGUGCGACGAAGGGGAAGAGCCGCAGGGGUUUGUUUGAUUUCGGCGCGCGAGGGCAGAGGAAGCGUAACCGGUUUUAAUGGUAGCUGAACGAAAGCGGGGAAGAUGGUUAGAGGGUUCGCUCAUUGUGUAACACUACAUGGAAGCCUUCAUGCAAUCUGAUUGAAGAACUACGACUUCCCCGUGGUGAAUUGUUUGCACC